AUGUAAACACAAGUAUAUGUGGGGUUGCGUGAAAAUUAUUUUUCUCUCGCUCAACCACAAAGACAUAAAGUCAAACUGCUUGUUUUGGAUACACUGCUUCUUCUUCUUUUUCUUGUGGAUAUUAUGGCUAAUAACACAACGAGUUUAGGGAGCCCAUGGCCAGAGAACUUUUGGGAGGAUCUUAUAAUGUCCUUCACUGUCUCCGUGGCGAUUGGACUUGCAAUCGGAGGAUUCCUCUGGGCGCUGUUUGUUUUCCUGUCUCGAAGAAGAAGAGCCAGCGCACCCAUCUCACAGUGGAGUCCCUCCAGGCGACCCAGGUCUUCCUACAACCAUGGCCUCAACAGGACUGGAUUCUACCGCCACAGUGGCUGUGAGCGACGGAGCAACCUCAGCCUGGCCAGUCUCACCUUCCAGAGACAAGCUUCCCUGGAGCUGGCCAAUUCCUUCCCCAGGAAAUCAAGCUUCAGGGCUUCAACUUUCCAUCCCUUCCUUCAAUGCCCACCGCUUCCCGUGGAAACUGAAAGUCAGCUGAUGACUCUGCCUGCCUCCACCACCACCCCAUCGGCCAUCAGCACGCUGCACAGUGCCAGCCGGCCCGACUUCCGCUGGUCCAGCAACAGCUUGCGGAUGGGCCUUUCCACACCGCCGCCGCCACCUGCCUAUGAGUCCAUCAUCAAGGCAUUUCCCGAUUCCUAAGUCUGGGCAUUCGUUGUUAUUAAUUCUUUUUUUUUAAUUUUUUUUGUCUCUUCUAGAAAGGAAAUGAUAUGUACGGUAAACAGACUUUUGGGGUCACGGGUCCUAGUGAUUGAUUUUUCAAGUUGAUAGGCUCAUGGAAGCUGAGCAUUGCCAAGUAAGGCACAGUUUCGUUUGAACACGUUUUUCUUAUGUGUGUCUCACUAAAGUAUCAUUUUCUCAAAAAGUCCUAUAUUUAUGGCUUUUGAAUUCAGUGUGAGGCAUUGCAUUGAAGAUACCGAUUAAAGAUUUUAACAGACAAAUCAUGCAUAUUUUUAUGUUUUGGUUAAAGACUUUAGAUGUUUUUGUGUAGGGUUGCAAUCCCCAUUCACUUUCCCAGGUGACUGCUGACAGACAAAAGUCACUGAAAUCAAGGAAUUUUAAUGUUACUUGCUGGGUGACAAGUGAGUUAGUUGCAUCCUAGAAUCUCAGAGCUUUAAUGAGGUGUGUGCACAAAAUGACGGAACAGAGAAUGUUCUAAAUAUCCCAUGAUUCUACUCAGUUAUGUAUGAGAAUCAAGCAAAAAAGCUAAGCUUGGUUGGUGUCACAGAAUGGUUCAGUUUUGACACUUCCUUGUUUGUUUCCCAGAUAGACUCAUUUUGUAGUUCUUCCCAGUAUAAUUACCAAUAUCAUUGAAGUAAAACCCUUGGAUUUAGUAACAUGAGGAUUGAACAUGACUGCUGUGGUUAUUACCAAAGCAAUGGUUUCUACAAUUAAUUUGUCCUAAGAACAAGUUUUUAUUUUACAUCAAGUUACAUUUUUCUUUCUUGGAUUUGGAUCCAAUGACUAGGAAGGCACUUUAUCUAGGAUAGUGUUUCUCAACCUAUAAGUCACGACUAUAGGUUGGUCUAAUAGCCUUUCCAGAGUUGUUGCCGAAGACCAUCUGAAAAUAAGAUAACAUUAUAAUUCAUAACAGUAGCAAAAUUGUAGUUAUGAAGUAGCAAUGAAAAUAUUUUUAUGGCUGGAGGUCACCAUAACAUGAAGAACUGUAUUAAAGGGUCCCAACAUUAGGAAGGUUGAGAACCAUGGCUCUAGGAAGAAUUUUCCUAUUAACUCUGUGGUCAAAUAAAGAUUAUUCUACAGAGAGAUAGUCCACCGAGGAGACAUGCUCCCUCUCUGAAAAGCAACUCCCCUGACCCAGGUACUGUCCCCUGGGGUGAUGCUCUGUGAAUUCCAUCUCCACCUCCUCUAAAGUCUUUCCAAGGUGACUAAUGCAGGCUAUAAGCCACUGUUUCAGAUGGUCACUCAAGGAGUCCACAUCACAAGGUGGAGGCAUCUUUAAUGUGAGGACCAGAAACUUUCAGUGGUUCUUUUGCUCAAAGGAUAGUUCACUGGGGGAUUAUUCAGAAUCUGAUACAUCAAAUAUUUAGCUUGUGUUUUGUUUGUUUUUCUGUAGAUUGGAGUUUUGCAGUGAUACCCACUGGUCCCAGCCAUCUGUGUCUGAUCAUAGCUCAAAAAUAUACCUAUUUGUAUAAAAGAUCCCCUAUAGAAUAUCUUUAUUAGUGUCAUAGGAUUUAUAUUAUCCAUUGUUCCUCAAGAGAAAUUAUUCUUCAAAAUGCCUACCAAAAUAUCUUGUAAUUAAAUAUGCAAGAGAAGAAGGAAGGAAAAA